AAUCUGGAAUUUGCUAGGUCUAGUAGGUAUUUAUGACGUGUGUUAUUUUGCUUGGUGUAUUUAUGUGAUAGUUGAAGACUAAAAACGCAAUUUGGAAUUUGUUAAUUAGUUGAUCGAAGUUCGUGAAUAGGGAAGUAGUGUUCUAGUGCUAUCAUUUUGUAAUCAAAGCGUUCGAUUUCGAGAUAGUGUUAAAGAAUUAGACGGGUGAAAAAAUUGAAUAUCUAAGUCAAAUAAUUAUGGCAGCACCGUCCGUACAGACAUUUCUAAAUUCCUUUAAUAAUAAACUGGAAGAACCUGUUAGGCAACACCUGAAAAAUGUAUACGCCUGCCUCGCGAUGUCCACAAUGGCGGUAGCCAUUGGGGCUUCCGUUCACAUUUUCACAGAUUUUCUACAAGCUGGAUUUUUGUCCGCAAUAGGAGCCUUGGUAUUUUUCUUCUUACUUAUGAGCACUCCCGAUAAUAAUGGCAAGGGGUUGACACUGAGGGUAGGCUAUCUCCUUGGUUUCACAUUCUUAACAGGUGUUGGCAUGGGACCCCUUCUAGACUUUGUGAUUAUGGUAGAUCCAAGCAUAAUCGUAACGGCAUUCAUUGGAACAUCAGCCGUGUUCUUGUGUUUCUCAAUAUGCGCCCUGUUAUCAGAAAGGGGAAAGUGGCUCUACCUUGGCGGUACACUCAUGUCUAUAAUAACAAUUUUAAUGCUACUCUCUCUUGCCAACAUCUUCUUCGGUGCUAUGUGGGUGUACCAGGCUCAGUUGUACGUUGGACUUUUGGCUAUGUGUGGUUUUGUGCUAUAUGAUACCCAGGUCAUCGUGGAGAAGCGCAGAAUGGGCAGUAAAGAUUUCGUAGGCCACUCUUUGGACUUGUUCAUCGACUUCAUUGGCAUCUUUAAAAGGCUGCUCAUCAUUCUGACGCAGAAGGAGCAGAACUCGAGGAAGAAGCGUAGAAACUGAAACGGACUGAAUGAGGAUCGAAUAUCGGGAGUGUGUGAUUCUUAAUGACUUAUUUAUUUCAUCUAUGCUUACAGUAAUAAAUAUUGGUUACUAUU